AUGGCAUCCACCGAACACCAAAACGGCGACGCCGUUUCCCAUCCUAAGAAGAAGCUAAAGCCCUGUAAUUUCAUCACUGAGGCCGAGAUCCAGUCGGAAUUCUCCCACCACGACACCGCCGUGGCGCGCCUCAACAACGGCGCCUUCGGCUGCUGCCCGGCCUCCGUCAUCGCCGUGCAGCGCGACUGGCAGCUCAAGAACCUCCGCCAGCCGGACCACUUCUACUUCAACGACCUCAAAAGCGGCCUCCUGCACUCCCGUACCAUCAUCAAGGACCUGGUCAACGCCCACCACGUCGACGAGAUCUCCCUCGUCGACAACGCCUCCACCGCCACCGCCAUCGUCCUCCAGCAGGCCGCCUGGGCCUUCAACGAAGGAACCUUCCAGAAGGGUGACGUUGUCCUCAUGCUCCACUACGCCUAUGGCGCCGUCAAGAAAGCCAUCGAGGCCUACGUCGCGCGCGCCGGCGGCUCCGUGGUCGAGGUCCCCCUCCCCUUCCCCGUAACCUCCAACGACGAAAUCGUCCGCGAGUUUCGCAAGGCGGUUGAGAAGGGAAAGUCCCGAGGUAACAGAAUCCGCUUGGCUGUUAUCGACCACGUGACUUCCAUGCCCAGCGUGGUCAUUCCCCUUAAGGAGUUAGUUACCAUCUGCAGGGAGGAGGGCGUGGAGCAGGUUUUCGUGGACGCGGCGCACGCGAUUGGGUGCACGCGCGUGGAUAUGCAGGAGAUUGGCGCAGAUUUCUACACCAGCAAUUUGCACAAGUGGUUCUUCUGCCCUCCUUCUGUGGCGUUCCUCUACGCACGUGCGUCGCCCAAGUCACGUGACCUGCAUCACCCGGUGGUGUCUCACGAGUACGGAAAUGGGUUAGCGGUGGAGAGUUCUUGGACCGGGAAUCGGGACUACAGUGCACAGUUGGUGGUUCCUGCUGUUAUGGAGUUCGUGAAGAUGUUCGAGGGUGGAAUCGAAGGCAUCAGAAAAAAGAACCAUGAGGUUGUGGUUGAGAUGGGGGAGAUGUUGGUGGAGGCUUGGGGAACGCAUCUUGGGAGUCCUCCUCAUAUGAGUGCUAGCAUGGUGAUGGUGGGUUUGCCUCCAUGUUUGGGGAUUUUUAGUGACUCUGAUGCUCUGAAACUUAGGACGCGAUUGAGAGAUAAGUUUGGGGUUGAAGUCCCCAUUUAUUUUGCUGGAGGAGAAGAUGGGUCUGUUACUGCCUAUGCCCGAAUUUCUCGUCAGGUUUACAACAAACUUGAGGAUUAUAUCAAGUUUAAGAAUGCAAUUGAUGAACUUGUGCGUGAUGGCUUCACUUGUGCUCUUCUUUCUGAUUGA